UGCCAAAUGCUCUAGGCACGCCCCUGGUUACAGGUUCCGCUUCAAACAAGAUUGAGCAGAAGUACAAAUACACAAGGCAAGGGCUAAAGCAAUAAUGCAAGUUCAGCUUUGGGAUCAGUAUGGUCCAGUGUAUACCCUGUACUUUGGCUCACGGCCAGUGGUUGUUCUCUGUGGAUAUGAUGCAGUAAAGGAGGCACUUAUUGAUCGGGGUGAAGAAUUUGGGGCACGAGGCCCCCUUCCUGCGCUGGAGAGGUUUACCCAGGGUUAUGGGCUUAGCCUCAGCAAUGGUGAGCGGUGGAGAAUUAUGCGAACCUUUACUGUCAAGACACUAAAAAACUAUGGCUUUGGAAAGAAAAGCAUUGAGUGGAAGAUUCAGGAAGAAGCGCAAUGUUCCGUGGAGGAAUUUCGAAAGCUCAAUGGUCAUCAUGUAGAUCCAGCCAAGAAGCUCAUGGAUGCCUUUUCUAAUGUUCUCUGUGCUGUUAUAUUUGGAGACCGUUUUGAGUACAAGGAUGAGAGGUUUUCCAAGCUACUUGGGUUUGUGAAUGAAUCUUUCACUCUUGCGAGUUCUACUUGGGGACAGCUUCAUAGCCUUCUCCCAACAUUUAUGAACCACAUUCCAGGACCUCACCAGAGGAUAGCCCAGCUUGCAGAGGAGACGGCCGAAUUUAUACAUGAAAGGGUGAAGGCCAGUGUAGAGACUCUGGAUUCCAGCUCACCCAGACAUUUCAUCGACAGCUUCCUUAUCAAAAUAGAAGAGGAAAAAAAUAAUCCUAAUACUGAAUUUAAUUUAAGAAAUCUCCUGGUAACAACCCAAAACCUGUUAAUAGCGGGUAUAGAGACUGUGAGCACAACCUUUCGAUAUGGACUGCUUAUCCUAAUAAAAUAUACAGAAAUACAAGCAAAACUCCAUGAUGAGAUCGAUCAGGUGAUUGGACGAGAUCGGGUCCCAAAUUUUGAUGACAGAUGGCAAAUGCAUUACACGCAGGCUGUUAUCCAUGAGAUCCAGAGAUUCUGUGACAUUGCUCCUUUGAAUGUGCCACAUAUGGUUCCAAGAGAUGUCCAGUUUAGAGGAUACCAGAUCCCAAAGGGUACAGAAAUCUACCCUUUACUCUGCACCGUUCAUCGGGACCCGAAAUAUUUUUCUUCUCCGUGGACGUUUAAUCCGAAUCACUUCUUGGAUGAGAAUGGCGGGUUCAAGAAGAACGAUGCAAUGAUGGCAUUCUCAGCAGGAAGAAGAUCCUGCCCUGGAGAGAGUUUGGCCCGAAUGGAACUUUUUAUUUUUUUAACCACCAUCUUGCAAAACUUUCGCCUGACUUCCCCGACUGAAUUCACGGAUACUGAUAUUUCUCCAAAGAUGAAAGGAUUCCAGAACGCCCCCAUUUACUAUGAGUUAUCCUUUAUUCCUCGCUAGAUGGGAUAUUCCUUAGUCAUAAUCUUGGGAAUUCAGGACUUGAGGUUAAUAAUACACGAACCACACAAGAGGCUUUACCUGAUAUUACAAUAACAGCGUUCAAUAGAGUCUCAGCUCUGCUACAUUUGUAUAUGAUUUCCAGCUACAUUAUAAGGUGCAACUCUGGAUAUGUUUUAUGUUAUUAUUA